UUAAUACACAGAGCACAUUGUUAAUCGCCGUUGACUAUCAGUCCGACCACUUUUACUUAGGUUACAAGCGCCAGCGUUUGAGACAACGGCCGAUAAAGAAAAUGAACCAACAAUCGCCAGCGCAGCCACCGCUUCACCAGAGCGACGCUGACGAUGACGACGAGAACGUCAAGCAGCUAAAAGAAUGCUCCUCCCUCUACCUCUCUCUGCAGGAUUGUCUCAUCGACAACAAUAGGAAUUGGAAAUCUUGCCAAAAAGAAGUCCAAGCUUUGAAGGCCUGCAACGAGAAGAGGAAGAAUGACAGAGGAAAGUGAAGAUAUUUCAAUAUAGGAUCUUUUUCUUCUUUUACUUUAUUGAUGACAUUCUUUUCCCCAACAGUGAUGAAGAAUUUUGCAACGUUUCUCACCUGAAAAUUCAAUUUAACGCCUUGAUUAGUGUGAACUUACAAAUUCUGAUCCUUUAUGGCUUUUGUUUUGGGGGAAGAACAAUUACAAUUGCGUGUAUGGAUUAAUGCUAAUCAGCUUGAACUUGUCGUUUAA